GUCGGUCAGCCAACACAAGGCAAAUUAUUGAGUCGUUGCCUCGUCGGAGAUUAUCUUCCAUGGCUGUCCGGGGUUAAGGUAGUGUCGUCUUAGCUCGAUGAAGAAAAGAAGACGGGACGAAUCCUCAAGAGACGAUGAUCUCCUCGGAUUACGCUGCAUUCGGCAAGAUCAUCGCUGUCAGGAUAAUUUCCUGGCUCUUGGCCCUUCAUCUCAUAUCACAUCACAUCACACACAGACCAGAAAUGACACAAGGCAAUGGAACCGGAGCAAAGGAGUCUUUCUUCCCCUGUCCAUGCCUGCAUUCUAUACCUUACAAUCCCUAUCCUUAACAGAAAUGAAGGAUCCGCGAACAAUGUCUACAAAAAAUUCUCUCCCUCGUCGUUGUCAGUAUGAAGGGCGCGCGUUUUCCCGCUCCCUGUCUAGGGUAAUUUCGGCAUUGACUCGGCUUUUAACCCCUGUCACUAUUCGGCACCAUCAUACCAUAGAUGCAUUCUCUGACUUGCCCUUUCUCCAUCCUCGAUUCUUAUCUACUAAUCAUGAACGAAAUAAACGGUGCAAGAUACCGUAGCGCCCGUCGGGAGUCGUGCCCUUGGGUGCCUGCCAUGCCGCCACUGUCGGUGCCUUGUGCCUGACCCUGAACUUGGCUUCCGUCUAGUCCUGCAUAUCUAGGAACCCGUACCGUUGCAUUGCCAAUAAUGCGGUUCGGUUAUCAACUGGGGUA